AUGGGUCAAUCAUCUUCCACUUCUACCCCCUCGCCUGAUCAAUCCAAAGAUGAUGAUGUAAAGACCGUUCAUUUUGAUUUAUUCAAUACGAGUGAUGAAAGCUCCGAGGUCUCUAAACCGUAUGAUCUUUCUUCACAAGUUGUUGAUUAUUUUCCUGUGGACAAAUUUGAGAAUGAUCAAGAGCUAAACAAGAAACGAGAAUAUUUAUGGACAUUUAUGAAUGUUUAUUCGGGUUGUACCGACAUUGCGAGUAUUAACUUUAAUGGACCACAAGAUUUGGUGAAUCUUGAUAAUUAUGUGAGUUUUUGUGCUGCCAAUGAGCUAAAAAGGCUGCGUGAUGGUAAAGGCGUUGAUUGCUAUGAUGAUUUAGGCUUGAAUGUUAGAAAACAUAGAUCUCCUAAAGAAAUUGAUGAGCUGAUUGAUGACUUGAAUUAUUGUCUGGAAUCCAGUGCUCAGACGAAAGAAGAGCUGUCAAAUUUAUCAAAUGCACGAAUGAAAUGGACUGAACCAAAUACACUUGUUCAACUCAUGCCUAAAAUUGGACAAUUAUUGAAAUCAAAGCAACUAACACGAGAACAUGAAAAUGAACCAAGUAAUCUACUUGAAACGUAUAGCUUUGAAAAUAAGGACAUGGACAAGAAAAAAGAAAUUGCAAAGUAUUUGAGUGACACCAUCGCAUUGAAGCAAACAAAAGCUUACGAUGAAUGUAUGACCAAAGCAAAAGACUUACCAGAUCAUGAACAUGUGACAUAUAAUUGUGCUGCUGAAACUCUUAAAUUAGGUUAUUUAAUGGGAUCUGUUGCAUGUAAGAAGCAAUUAUUAGAUUGUAUUUCCAGAGAAAAUCAACCUUUUGGCUAUAGUUUGACUGAAACUUCGGUGACCAAUUUUAUUCGUUGUGCUUCGGAAGUACCAUGUUUUGCAGAGCUGGAAGCUAUUUGGACUGAAUCGAGGGCAGGCCAAACAAGACCGCAAACCCAAAAGUAG